AAUAAAUUUCAACCUUGUUGACUCUUCCGCCAUCUUACGUAACCAGGUCGAACUUUUUGCAAAAACACAAAUAAGAAGCUGUAAAUUUCAAAAAUAAUGUACUUCUAUUUUGCUAAUUGUGCCUCGUGCCCCCAUAAAAAAGAAAUUCGUACGGCUAUGAACAAUUAAAUUGGCAAGAUGUCAGAUGAUGAUUUAUCUCCAGAGAAGCCCUUUUCUGUAGAAAUAGCCAAACAAGGUAGAGCCGUUUGCAAAAAGUGCAAACAAAAAUGCGUUCAAGGCGACUUACGCAUAGCCAAAAUAAUCCCAAACCCUCUGGGGUCAGGUAAAAUGAAAACAUGGCACCACGUAGGCUGUAUAUUUGAAGUUUUCUUGAAACAAAGACAAACGACUAAACGAAUCGAGGCGCCACACGAUGUGGAAGGUUGGGAGCUGCUCGCUCACUCUGAUAAAGUCGACAUUUUAAAAAAGAUAAAAGAAUGUAAUCGAGCGUUUGAGGCAAAGCUGCACAAGUCUUCGAAAAAGACUAAACGAGGUAAUAAUAAAAAUAAGUCACAGUUGAGUUUUAUCACGAAUGAGGACGCCUUGAGUGUGUCUUCAGAUAGUACAAUUAAAGACGGCGUUCACAAAGAUAACUGCUUUCGCGAAUUCCGUACUAUUGUUGCUAAUGUGUCAAAUGUAUCCAGUUCAAAUGAAAAAAUAAGCAUUUUCAAAGAUAUUUUUACAAAAGGGAGUGAUGGGACGGGUUUUAAAGGUGAUAUUUUAUUAUGGUGUAAACUUCUUCUUCCAUCUGUUAUAAAACGGGUCUUUCAUUUACAAACCAAGCAACUUGUUAAAAUAUUUAGUCGUAUUUUUCAUGUCGCUGAUGACACUAUAAUGGCGCAUUUAGAGCAAGGUGAUGUUGGUCAAGCUAUUCAAUAUUUUUUCGAACAGAACAAGGAAUAUAAACCCGUGAAAAAAAGCACCCUAACCAUACACGAAGUCGACGAGUUCCUCGAAACGUUGACAACUCUAUCAAAAGAAGAAGACCAAUACAAUCAGUUCAAAACUUUUAUCAAAAAAUGCACCUCGAACGACUUGAAAGUCGUCGUUCGACUGAUUAAACACGAUUUGCGCAUGAACGCCGGUGCGAAACAUGUUUUCGAAGGUGUACAUCCAGACGCGUAUUUAAUUUUCCAGAACUGUAGAGACAUCAAGACUGUGAUAAAUGCGUGUUGGGGCGGACCCCCCAAGAAAGAGAAGCCCCCGACUGAGGUGCGCGAGAGCUCCAAGCCGCUCAAACGCAGCCCCAAACGAAAAGCGUCGAAUUCUGAGUCGAAAGCGAACAAAAAGACAAAAGUUGAAAAAGAACCAGAGAAAACUGAGGCAAAAGUGAAAGAAGCAGAUCGUGAUAAGAAGAAAACUACGUGUGACGUGGAGCCCGUUCCAGUGACUGAAAAACGAAAAUCGAUACCUAAUUAUUUUGAAAGUGUUAAGUUGUAUUUGGAGGAGGGGGUUACUGAGAGACAUGCUGAGUGGGUGCGGUAUUUUAUUGCUUACGGAGGGACGGUUUUGAAAACUGAUGAACGUGGGGAAGCUACUCAUGUUUUGCAUCUGAAGGAUACGGUAUCUGAGCCGACUAUGUUGUGUGUUAACAGUGCGAGGCAUAUUAUUGUUGAAUGGAUUAAAGAUACGGUGGAAAAGGAGAGUCUGCAGGAUUAUAGGCCAUAUACGGUGCGGUGGAAACCGAGCCAUAAAAAUUGAAGGGUUGUGUUUACGAAUACGGGAUGCCUCUUUGAUAUUAUUAUAGUGUAGGCUAGUGAGGUUGAAGUAAUAUUUAUUGUAAGGCCGUGAAGUUUCAAGUUACUAUUUAUUUGUAAUUUUUAAUUUUUUACGAAACAAUAUUUGUUUUAUAACUAUUGAAAACUACAUUAGUUGAUUGUAAUGUAAAUAUAUAUUUUUUAAAUAAAUAUUACUUAAAAGUU